AUGGCUUGGCUUCGCUGCUGCUUUUCUGGAGGAGGAGAAGAAGAAAGCAGACAAAGCAAUGAGAUGACGAAGGCGACAGAGAGUACAACAUUAAUGCCUUACAUUCCUCGUCAUCUCCUUGUCGAAAUACUAUUAAAAUUGCCUAUCAAGUCUUUGAUAAGAUUAAGGUGUGUUUCCAAGUCAUGGCUUUCUUUAAUAUCCGACCCUCACUUCACUAGAAAUCACCUCAAUUUCACAAAGCGGAUACUCAUAAUCACUCACUAUCGUCGUAGUCAUCUAUACACUGCAGACCUCGGAUCAGCACACAAGGACAGUGUAGCUGAGAAGAUUGAUUAUAUUUCUAACUUUUGGACGAUCAUUGGUAGUUGCAAUGGAUUGGUAUGCAUAAAGGUUUGUCUAAUACAAUAUAUAGUAUUUAAUCCCUUGACAAGGGAGUCCAAGCAAAUACCAUAUUGCGAUUUGUGUGCUUUGGAAGGUUUUGAAGGUUAUUGCCGAUAUGGAUUUGGAUAUGACAGUUCCUCUGAUGAUUACAAACUAGUGGAAUUAGACAGAUCUACCGUCUAUGUAUAUUCAUUGAGAGCUGGUUUCUGGAAAAAGGUCCAAGACUAUGCUAAAGGCAGUUUUUAUAUUGAUGGCAGUUUUCAUCCUCGCACUCGUGGGUUGCUGCUCAAUGGAGCCAUUCAUUGGUUUUGUUUGGGUAUAAAUUCAAAUAGCCAAUCAAAGAUUGCUGCUUUUGAUUUGGUGGCUGACAAACUCUCAGAAAUUCCCUUGCCUACUUUCUUUGCCGAUGUUCAUGAUAAGUGCCAAAUAGGGGUAUUUUUAGGACGCCUUUGUGUAAAACCAUUGUAUUAUAGUGAUGAAUUUUGGGUAAUGAAGGAAAACGGCGUAGAGAAGUCUUGGACUAAAUUUGAUAUGAAAAUGGGAUUUUCAUGUUAUGAUGGGAUUCCAUUGACUUUGUUAAAGAAUGAUGAAACUCUAAUAAUGAGGAACCGCCAGAAGUUAGCUUUGUACAACACAAGUGAGGGAACGUGUAGGGAUCUUGUACUACAUGGCAUCCCACCACAUGAAGAAAUUUUUGAUGCAGAAGUGUAUGCGGAGAGCCUUGUAUCACCCUGGAGGCAAUAA